AUGAUGGAUCCUAGAUCCCACCCGUCGAGGCCUCCAUCCACCAGCCUGCCUCAGGGUUCCACCCCGCUGUCUUCGACUCCGAUCUCAACCAUGCCAAUGCCUCAGUACACGAUGCAGCCGCACUACUCGGUGUCGCAGUCGCAUACCCUGCCACCUCUGCAACCUCACCACAGCCCCCCUCCUGCCCCUCAUCCUUACAUGGGUCAGCAGUACAGGCCGGAUCUAUCGAGGUUCCCUACAACCACUCAUGAUGUCUACGCGACUUCCGCCGCCCCUACAAUGCCCCAUACCGGCUUAGGGAGUCUACCGCCGUCGUCUUAUCUUCCCCACGCCCAGGCUCCGACAACAUCGCAGCCCUAUGCUCCAUCUCCAAGUAUUUUACCUCCUUCCUCGAAUGCUCAGAGCUAUCCGCAACCAAUCGCUCCAGCUCCUCCACGCGACCGCCGCCCUGACUACAAUGGCUUGCCCUCUGGCGCGUUCAGCUAUACGGAUGGUAAGGCUACGGCCUGGAUGGGCUCUGACCCGAUGGCAGGAGCGAAUGGCACAUCGCCGUAUGCUGCAAAGGAGCCGCCUCGCAGCCAGGUGGUUGGAUCCCAGGGUAGACGCGGCAUCCUCCCCAGUGUUCCGGGUCGCGCAGCGCCUGUUGGUAACACUGUGAACGCUACCGGCAAGAGCACAACUAUUCCAGCCAAGGAUGCAGAUGGGAAAUUCCCCUGCCCCAACUGUAACAAGACGUAUCUGCACGCCAAACACCUUAAGCGUCAUCUACUCAGACAUACCGGUGAUCGUCCGUACAUGUGCGUUCUCUGUGAGGAUACAUUCUCUCGCAGUGAUAUCUUGAAACGCCAUUUCCAAAAAUGCUCCAUACGUAGAGGAAACCCGACAGGAGCAACGCAUCUGUCACAUCCCCAGGCGCAUCUUAAGAGGUCUCAAGCGGCAGCGGCUGUAGCUGCAGCCGCAGCUGCAGCUGCCAACCCCGUGAAACCUGUUCGCGAUGAAGUGAGCAAUUCCAUACCUCACUCCAAUGGCAUUGUGGGUACGACUUUCAGCGAUGGUACCGUGAACGGACUUCCCCCGGCUCAGCCUAGAUACACGGAUCAGCAGCCGUUGGGAUUUUCCAUAACGUCCGUUAAUGGGAUGAGCCGCCCGCAACAUGAUGACGCGUUUUCCUCUGCUCAAUCGCAUCAGCGGCCGUCCUGGAUGGCGGCUCCCAAGCAGAAUCCGUAUCUUGUGCAACCUGGUUCCGAUGCGUCUACUCAGCAGUUGAAUGUGGACCGUCCCCCCAUCGACCAGGUGAAGCCCCCAGUUGUCCAAGACCAAAAACGCCCUAUGAUGCCUGGACCGAACACAAGUCAGCCGGGCGAGAUCGAUUGGGCGACCAUGUUCCAGCCAGGAGCAUCUGAUGGCUACAUCAACCCUGUUUUCCCACAGUCGAUGGCGUCCGCACCGGAACAGAUUCACGCUCAUGUCGAGCCCGAGCGAAAGUUCUACCCGGCGCCCACUGCGGGUUCUCAUGAAGGCGGGAUGAAUGGGCUCUAUUUGGCAUCGACCACUUUGAACGGGGAUGGCGCAGUCCCACCUGCCAGACAAUGA